UGGGUGGUUGGAAUUAUUUUUUUACUCACUUACUUCCGGGUACGUUUUCCUGAUCCUGUCUGUAAUUCAUGACAGUUACGACAUCAUGCAUCGCGUGAGGUGGGCUUGGACGAGUGCCGUAGAAAUAUGACAUUGCUUCCUGGUUUUGGCAUUGAAACACAUUCUAAAUGAUGAACGGAGAAUGAAGUUGUAGUUUAGAAGGCGUCAACAAAGUUACAAAACAUGGUUGGCUAGACAAAGUUGUCAAAUUACGGGCCUAAUUAAACAGCACUUCGACAAAAUGGCGUUUUCGUUUAGUGCAAUGGCUUUCAAGUUCUUUUGUAUUGUGUACCUGUCAGCGGCAUUGGCAUUGCAGACCACAUCGGCAGAGGAAAACUGUUAUGAUUUUGACAUAUGUCAAACCACAACGCCCACAGCUCCGACAUCAGCACCCACCACUUUGAGCAUGACAGCAAAUGAAACAAUGCCACCAACCACCGACAGAACCACGGUAGCACUUUUAACGACAAACAAUGGCACUGAUGUAAAUGCCACCACCGUGAACAUUAUGCCGCGGUCAUCUACCCCAUCAGCCCCCAUGGGACAUUGCUGCAAGUGUCACAGCAAGUUUUGCAAGAAAUGUUUCGGGCCCGGGGAAAAGGAGUGUACGCAGUGCGGGGUCGAAUACAUAAUGGACGAAUCUGAGGGAAAGCAGAAAUGUUUGCCCUGCAACACGGCCUGCUACAACGCCUGCAUACACAUGGCCGACAUAUGUGGCUGCAUGCAUAGUCAACGUAAUUGUCAGUUCUGUCCCGCGAAGAAUAAUACACAGAAACACGGCAGUUGCAGAGAAAAGACCCUUUUGGAAAUUCUCACAAUCGGAGGAGUGGUUGGCAUAGGUUGUGGGGUGGUUUUGAUCGUCGUUGUCAUCGUCGUCCUCUGUUGUCAUUUCUGUCGGAAGAGACCGCCGAAACCUGUGAAGAAAGAUUAUAGAAGUCCUGAUACGUUUGUGCAGCUGGAGCCGCGCCGACCGUUCGCGGACCUCAAGGCAUCCGAUGAAGAACAUAACGUGGCUUUUGAAAAUCAGCAGAAUGUUGAUGAUGAUGUAUACGGGAACGUGGACAACCACGGUAAUAUAAUGAUGUACGACAGGCCCGAGCACGAGGAACGGUCGCCUAGUAGGAUUGCACCAGCGCCACCUGUACCCGUUGAUGUCCAUUCGGAACCAGACUUUGGUGAUGUGUACGAGAAUACAGUCGUUGGGGAGCCCGCAGCCAGACCACCCAUGCCGCCACCGAAACCAUCCCCUGAGGUGCCGAGCGACUUUGGCGGGAUGUACGGAAACACCGAGAUUCCGUCGGUAGGUGCCGCCAAGUUUCAGCUGAAAAAGAUUACGGACGAAGAACCGAAAUUGCCGCCUUUGCCGCAGAAACUUGUGCAAGAGCCUCCUCAGCCCCCGUCCGUACCCACGAGGCCUUGGGAUUUUGCACCAAAUCGCGACGACUUGCCCACACGGCCGAUAAGUCCGCCUCAGCGCUCCGACUCCGAGCAGGAGGACUUGCCAAUGCGCGCUCCACCCCCACCGCCGACCAAAUUUAGCUCCCUCAGGACCGACGUUAUGCCACCUAGAAUGGCCCUUCCCACACCGAGCACGAAGUCCGCCAGUCUUCCACCCCAUCCAGUUCUAGGCCCCACCUUCCAAGGGGCUCCGGUCCCCCUGCCCAAGACACCGAUCAAGAAGCAGAAGAAGAAGCCACUUACUCCUAAAAAGAUAGUUCGUCAGAUUGAUGAUGACAGCAUUAGAGAGGAUGUUGAAAUUGGGCCAGCGCCGGCCCGGCCCGAUGAGGACUACGGUGGUGACUACGAAGUGACAAUUCCCCAGCCGCAGCAAGAUUUCGGUAUGACGUACGAAGUCGUGCAACCCAGCGCUGCGGCUUCAAUCCCUCAACAGGACUACGGUAUGUCGUACGAACUUGUGGAACCGCCCCCCGCCCCGCCCCCAAAGGAUUAUGGCGAUACGUACGAGCCCGUUGAGGCCCCAGAGGCGGAGCAAGACUACGACGGGGAAGACUACGGCGGGAACUACGAAUUCGUGUCCGCCCCGCCACCGCAAAAACCCAGAGUAGAUAUAAGCCAACGCAAGCCAAUGGCACUCCCUAGUCCUACCAAACCGCAUGCCCCGCCCACAAAGAGGAAGCCUUCCCGGGGCGAAGUCUACGUUGAUCCCGAUAGGCCAAACCAGAAAGGUUGGGGUCAAGCUGCUCAGAACAACAAUUCCGAGACGUCCGCCGAGCCAGACUUCGGAGGUGAGUACAGAAACCUUGAAAGCCCUGCAGAUGCCGGCCGGACGCACAAGCCGACCACUCGCCCCCCACCGGCGCUCCCCAAGAAACAACCAAUCGCGGCGAAGCCAGAAAGUGUCUAUCAGCAGGCACUCCAGUUGAGUGAUGAUGACGCGCCAGCCAGACUGUUUCAAGAGGAGGAAGAUAGCAUUUAUCAGAACAAGGAUUGCGUCGGGCCGGCGAGCAGGUACCGAAACGUCGCUCAGAAGCCAACUGACAGUUCUGUAAUAUCAGGCAGCUAUAUAAAAAUGCAAAGAAAGUAGUUUGACCAAAACAAAAUUGCAGUGUUGUAGGCAAUUUACUUGUGAUGGAUCGAUCACAGGUCAUGUCAAGUCCAUCACAAUUCCAUCA